CGCUGCGUCUCAUCUCUCUCUGAAUCUGAAUCAGUUCAUCAUCGAGUACUGAUGGAGAAACGGAGCUUUUUGAAGAUCCGAGUCAAUUGAAUCAAAUGAUUCACAAAAUGUUUCAGUGAUUCGAAUCAGCGCACGCUCAAAACAACAAACAAUGAAAACUUGAAUAAACCAACUGAUUUUUUUUUAUUGACAUUGUAAUCUAUUAAAUAUAUACAAAUCAGUAAACACCAAAUAUAAUCUUAUUAUAAAUAUGAAUAUUGUCAGAAAGCCUAUUUCAGGAACUAAAGUUCAAUAGUAAGGUUUACUACAAAUAUUUUAUUUUGUGUUCCUUCAUGUGCUAGUUUUUUUUCUCAUCAGAUGAUUUCAGUCCAGUAACUCUGACUCUGACUGACUCCCUUACUAGUGUGCUGACUACUGAUCUAGGGAGCAGAUUGAGACGAGAGAGAUUUAGUUUGUGUUUAUUUUUCUUUCUGUUCAUUGUUCUCAUCUUAAACAGGACAAAGUGUCCAAACAAACAGAAAAACUCCUGCUGAAGAUACUGAGACACACACUAUUAUAAAGAUGGUGAUUAUUAAAGAGGAGAGUGAAGACAUGAAGAUAGAAGAGACAUUCAGAGACAAACAUGAAGAGACUGAGACACACACAGACCUGAAAGAAGAGAGUGAAGAACUGAAUGAAAUACAAGAUAAAGAUCAGUACAAAAAACACCAUGAAUUCAUAACUGGACAAAAAUCAUUUAGUUGCUUACAGAAAGCAAAGACUUCCUCACAAAAAAAGAGCUCAGAAGGCUAUAUUUAGAAGUCAUUUCAUCUGUGAACAGUGUGGAAAGAUUUUCAACCAUCAAGGAAAACUGAGAGUCCACAUGAGGAUUCACACUGGAGACAAGCCUUUCAUCUGCCAACAGUGUGGAAAGAGUUUCAGUGAACAUGGAAACCUUAAAGUCCACAUGAGGAUUCACACCGAGGAAAAGCCUUUCACCUGCUCUCAAUGUGGAAAGAGUUUUACACAUAAAAGCACUUUGAAAGCCCACAUGACUAUUCACACAGGAGAGAAGCCUUACACCUGCAAACUGUGUGGGAAUAAUUUUGCUGGAAAAGGAAGCUUUAACAUGCACAUGAGGACUCACACUGGAGAGAAGCCUUACACAUGCCCUCAAUGUGGAAAGAGUUUCACUCAACAAGGAAACUUUAACAGGCACAAGAGAGUUCACACUGGAGAGAAGCCGUUCACAUGUAAACUGUGUGGAAAACAGUUUCACACGACAAACAAGCUUUAA